UUGUACAAUAUUGUAUGCAGGAUUCCCAAUCCCAAGGCUGCCUGGUGUGUGUCUCCAAGGUUCCAAGGUAUAUUGUACGUGCCGCAUGUACUCCGUACGCCGCAGGCUCCUGUGGAAGAGCUUCCGAGGUUGACCGUCCCGACAUGUAGGGAGGGAGGCACAGUGUCUCUUUGAUAUGUAAUGAGGCACGGUGCCUGCUUCAGACCAGCACGUGGAUUCAAAUAGUCACUGUUGGGCGUUCUUCAUCACUGUUGAAUCCCAUACCCCUAAGUUAACCCCACACGAUCAAGCGAUUUCUGUCUCUCAAGACCGCCCAUCAUGGCUGAAGCAAACAUUGUUACCUUGAUCACCGGUCCCAAUCGAGGCAUUGGCCGCGGAAUCUUGGCCACGAUUCUUACCCGUCCAAACAAUACCGUCAUCGCCGCUGUGCGCGAUCCGCAAGCCGCCGCGUCGCAAAGUCUCAAUGAACUUCCCAAGGCAGACGGUUCAUCGCUCCACGUCGUCAAGAUCGACCAAGGCGUGCCCACCGACGCUGCGGCUGCCGUCAAGGACCUUGAAGCUGCUGGCAUCUCGCACGUUGACACGAUUGUCGCCAACGCCGCUACAGCCGACGUAGCUGAAUAUGUGAUAAGCACCUCGACGGAUGAUUUACGGCGUCAUCUCGAUGUCAACGUCAUCGGCAUCCUAGCCCUGUUCCAAGCCUUCGAGCCUCUCCUGCGAAAGGCGCAGGGCAAAAACCCAAAGUUCAUCGCCCUCAGCUCCAACCUGGGAAGCAUUGGCCUCGCUCCAUACAUUCCUGGCCCAUGGUUCUGCUACGGCGUCACCAAGGCCGCCUUGAACUACUUGAUCCGUCGUAUACAUGUCGAGAACGACUGGUUGACUGCUACCGCCCUGCAGCCUGGAUGGGUGCAGACAGACAUGGGCAACUUUGCUGCCAAAUCCGUGGGCCUGGAGAGCGCGCCCAUGAAAUUGGAGGACAGCGUGGCCGGCUGCCUCAAAGUCAUCAAUGCUGCUUCGAGGGAAAAGUAUGCGGGUGAAUUUGUCUCCAGUGAGCUUGAGACGGUGCAAUGGUAGGGUAAGCGGGAAAGGGCAGCAACUUAGCAUGCUCCCAGGUCUAGGUCGCGUUGCACA